UGAACAACAACAAGAACGGGCAACGGGACGAGUGUGUUUCGGAUUUAGCUGCGGCUGUUAAAAUAAUAAUUCAGUGAAAUCAAUUAACCAAAUAAUCAAAAUUGAAAACAAAUUGAAUAAUGUGGAAAAUGUCCUGAUAGUGUUGAACGUUUUAUUGUGCCUGUGUGUGUGUCGGUCUUGUCGUUGUCUCGUGUAUGGUGCUAAAAAUUUACACAUACCCCACCUACACACACAAAAAAAACUCGCACACACAAACACACACAGACACACACGCGCGCGCAUAUACAAGAUAUCCAAAUACGAAUAUACAUUCGACAAGCGCGUCACCCUGUCACAAGAAGAGAGCCUCUCGCCAAGUCACAACAACAACAACAUCAACAACAUAAGACAAACAUCAACAGCAGCUUAACAUACGCACAAACACAUGCAUACAUCGUUUACAUGCACGCACAUACACGAAAACAUCUGCACAGCUGCUUACGCACAUUCAUAAACAGCAUACAAAACAUAACAUACUAGAAAUAAACAAACGCAUACGGGCAUUUUCCAAUUGCAUUUCAACAUACUACAACUAACCAAAAAAUCGAAACAACAACACAACAACAAAAUACUACCAACCAAUGGCAGAUUUAAUGCGUUUGGGUAAUGUGGACGUUGUCAUACAGAAAGAUAAACUUGGCUCGCCAACGGGAGGCGGCUCCGAUGACGGUAAUCUGGCAGCAUUAGGCGGCAUAACGGGUCUGGGCGCCAUGAUGGCAGCUGGUGGCAUCGAUUUGGCCGAUUUGGCACAGGAAUUGGAUCAAGACGAGUUCGAUGGACCGCAUAUGCUAAACGGCGAGCGUCCGGCAAUCAUAGCACCGCCGGAGAGCGAAUGGUAUCAUGGUCGAUUGGAUCGUUACUCAGCCGAGUCCCGUCUACGUGGCAGCGGCAAGCUGAGCAGUUAUUUGGUGCGUGAAAGUGAUCGCAAGCCGGGCUCCUAUGUGCUCAGCUAUUAUGGACGCACUGGCAUUAAUCAUUUUCGCAUUACGGCUGUUUGUGGUGAUUUCUAUAUUGGUGGACGUCAGUUUAUAUCGCUGAGUGAUCUCGUUGGUUAUUAUACUUCAUGCAGCGAUUUGUUGAAACGGGAACGUCUGGUCCAUCCGGUGGCACCACCCGAACCGGUGAAUGAUAAGAAACGUGUGGUGGCCAUAUUGCCAUAUACGAAAAUGCCCGAAACGGAUGAGUUGAGCUUCCAGAAGGGCGAUAUAUUCUUUGUGCACAACGACAUGGGCGAUGGCUGGUUGUGGGUGACAGCGCAUCGGACUGGCGAACAGGGCAUGAUAUUUCGUGAACUAGUCGAUGAUUUGGAUGUAUCCAUAGAUCCCAAUACGGUGUUUCCAUGGUUUCAUCCAAAUUGCACCAAAAAUGAAGCAGUCGAUAUGCUUGUCAAGGCUGGUCCUGGCAGCUUUCUGGUGCGUCCCAGCGACAACUCGCCGGGGGAUUAUUCGCUCUUCUUUCACAUCAACAAUCAGAUACAACGUUUUCGCAUUGAGAAAAAGGGCGUGCGCUAUUUGAUGGGCGGUCGGACUUUUGAGUGUCUCGAUGCGGUCAUCAAUCGUUAUCGCAAGGAGCAAAUCGUCGAAGGACACUCGCUGACACAUCCCGUGGUCAAUGGCACGCAGCCCGAGUUCAAUCAACAGUAUGUGGUGGAGAAGGCCGCGGAGAAGAUUUAUGCCACAUUGCGUGAGUGUCGCGAUCAGAUUUGCCUGAAGAAAAUCAAAGGCAUCAAGCAGCAUGGACAUUUGAACAAGAAGAGCGACAAGACCACCAAAUGGAAGCAAUUAUAUUUUGCUUUGUUCAACGAUGGCGCCGAGACACAAUUGUGCUUCUAUGACAAUCCCAAAAAGACUAAGCCCAAGGGCCUCAUUGAUCUAUCCUGUGCGUAUUUGUAUCAAUGUCACGAUUCGCUCUGGGAGCGACCCUAUUGCUUUCAAAUUGUGGAGCGUGCACUGCCCUGUCUGGCGACUGUCACUUAUCUGUGUGCGCCCAGUCAGGAGAGCUAUGUGGAGUGGAUAAAUGCGCUGAAGGCGCAAUGCGAUUCGCAGCUGAGUCGUGCGCAGAAGAAAGUCUCGAGGCUGCGUGAGCUACGCUGCCUCAAUUUGCAUGUGCUGGAGGCGCAUCGGUUGCCAUUCAAGCUGGUGCCGCAUCCCUAUUGCAGCAUAUCGCUCAACCAGGUCAAGGUGGGCAAAACGCGUGUCAAAAUUGCACCAGAGCCAGUCUGGGAGGAGGAAUUUGUGUUGGAUGAUGUGCCACCGGAUGUUGUUUCACUGACCAUAACGCUGGUGUCGCGCGGCAAACGUGGCAAGGACUCGGAGGUGGCGGAGCUCACCAUUGACUUGUCCACGCUGAAGAAUGGCCAAGAGACAGAGGGCUGGUACCAGCUAACAGGCAUGACUCCCAUGGGCGAAUGGGGCUCGCUGCGUUUGCGCAUGCGCUAUCUGGAUGACUUGAUAAUGCCCUGCGAGGAGUACAGUCCGCUGCAGGAGCUGCUGCUCGAGCCGGAGCUGUGCGCGGUCAAAGCGCUGGCCGAACGUUGUCACAACGAUCGCGUGCCGCUGGCAACGGCGCUGCUGCGCGUCUUUAGGCACGACAAACGCGAAACGGAAUUGAUACGCACGCUGUGUCAGGCGGAGGUGGCGCGUGAGAAUGAGACAACAACGCUCUUCCGUGGCGCCUCGCUGGCAACCACUUUAAUGGAUUUGUUUAUGCGCACCGAGUGCAGCGGCUUUCUGCAGUCGGCGGUCAGCGAGACAGUGCAGCGCAUACUGGAGAGCAAGCAGUCCGCUGAGCUGAAUCCAACCAAAAUGGAUGUCAACGAUGAUGCCUGCACCAAUGCUGAGUUUUUGCUGCAAAUACUCGAUCUGGUUACACAAUCGAUAUUCACCUCGCCGGACGCUUGUCCGCGCAAUGUGCGCUUCAUUUGCAAUUGCCUGCAAAAAGCUGUGGUGGCCAAAUGGCCAACGGAACGCUUGGUGCGCACACGUGUUGUCUCUGGUUUUAUAUUCCUGCGCUUGCUCUGCCCAGCGCUGCUCAAUCCGCGGCAAUUUGGCCUGGUCAGCGAGACGCCACCGACGGCAGCGACACGUUCGCUCAUCAUGGUGGCCAAGUGUCUGCAAAAUCUGGCCAAUCUCAUUGAGUUUGGUGGCAAGGAACAAUAUAUGGAGGUGGUUAAUCCGUUUAUACUGAAAAACAAGGAGCGCAUGAUUGUCUUCCUGGAUCAAUUGUCGCAGGUAACCGAUCCUAAUCCGCCGCUGGGCAUGUACGUUGAGCAGAAUCCCAAUCACAAUGCACAAGACACUGGUCGUGAGUUGGCCACGUUGCAUCACAUCUGCGUGUCAUAUUUGCCGGAUCUGCAGGAGCUAUCAAAUAUCUUGUCGAUUAAGAAGCUCGUCACCGUCACCGACAUGCUGACUAAGCACAAAUUAAAAUAUCGUGAGAUGAUCAGCUAAGAAACAACAUCCAACAACAAAAAGAGCGACAACAACAAAAGUAUCAACAGCAGCUACAACAAAAAUGACA